AUGUUCUUCAACGAGCGCAGCAAGGAGGUCUUCGAGUACACUGUCGUUCGCUGGGCCGGGGGCUUGCGGCGGGAGCACAUGGCGCAGCUGGCCAGGGUCGUGGCUGGCGUUGCAGCCGAAGCGUGGCGCCCCGUUCACGUCGGCAACGGCUUCGAAGUCGGACCGGUGUCGCAGACCUUGGUGAUCCGAAAGGUGCCCACAACACCCCUUGUGUUGCAGUGUAGUCUGCGUGCACGGGGAAUCACUCUGGAAGCCUCCUUCACCACGUUGAGCGGAUCGAACCCCAUGCCCUCGGCACAAUUCCUCAGCAGGCCCAUCAUGCGCGUCCGGGACGUUGCCCGCCAAACGCGCAAGAUGGCGCUUGCUUCGGGCCUCCUCCGGUCCACUCGCCAGCAGUUGCAGAUCAUCUUGGAGGGCUUCCACGCCUUGCCCGUGGACGAUGCGGUGCUGUGGUCCGAACGAAUCAGAACCCGACCCUCCAAGACGAGACUUAUCGGAACGACCAACCUAUCGAAUGUCAACCUACGAGCCCUUUUGAGAGCUGCCUGCCAACGUAAGACGAGCUAA